UUUUAGGAUGCCUAACGACAACACGGCAGUGUGCGGCUGCGGGGUCGUCCUGGAUUUGCCCAAGUCACGGAGCGGCAACCUCGCUACCAUUUCGACGCGUGAUCUAGCCCUUCUAAUACAAAAGGGCCCCCCAACAACGACGACGACGACGGUCGCACAGCCGAGCAGUAGGAUCGAGGGCAGGCCCCCAGCUAAGCUGCCAGUCGAGUUGCAGCAACGCGCUCGCGGACCCCACAGCCGGACAACGGAUACCGGAAGCACCAGCUCCGUCGUCGAAAGUUCGCGACGCACCGGCAAGAACAACAACUACAACAGCAACAACAACAACAACAACAACAACAAUAACAAUAACAACAACAACAGCAACAACAACAACAACUACAACAGCAAUAACAGCAAUAACAAAAAAAAGGACCGGCACCAUGGGAGACGGUCCCGCAGCGCCGAGAGGCCCGAGUCGCACUCGCACUACACGUACAUCGAUUCGGGAUCCAGCAUCCUCAGUUUCGGUUUACGGGAGAACGGAUCGGUCGCCGAGGCCCUCUACUGCACCAUCGACGACACCGAUGCGAACAACGAAAACGAGUUGGGGGGCCAACAGCAGCAGCCCCCGAUACAAUCCUCGACGAACGUACCGAGCAGUGGAAACAACGGGGCUAAUCCGAGCCAACAGCAGCCUAUCUACGCGUUGCCCUCGAUGACCUCGCCACCUCCAACUUAUGACGUGGCGGUCGCCAAGUCUUGGCAGCUUGGCCUGCCACCGUCUUACGAGGAGUACCUGUACCACAAUCACGCACUUCUAGCACGCUCGCACACACCACCACCCCCUUGGACGGACUCUGCUGCCUCGGGCAUGUCCGCAGGCUCAUCGACUGGCGUCAACCUCCAACAGAUGAGCCGCGAACUACUAGCCAACCAGCCCGAGUUGCGCGAGUACCUGACCCGACUGGCUCUCCAAGGUAGCGCCGAGGAGGCCAUCCAGCAGUACCACCAGCUUCUCAGCCAACAGCAGCAGGCCCUCAGAAAGCAAGCUUCGCGCGUCCAGAGGUCCAGAGUCAUGCCUAGAUCGCAGAGCGAGAGCCGAGCGAACCAGCAACGCAUCGCUUACGAGGACGGCGCCUUUUGCAUGGAGACGACGGCGAUUCAGUCCGCCUUUGAAAAUGGCGUUGCCUUUUGCAGCCUCAUGUAAAAGCUUUACACAAACACACGCCAUAUGAACAGAGGGGGGGGGGAGAAAGGUAAGGAGCACCGACAGUCAACGUUUGGGGGAAGGCGAGGGGAUAGUCAGUGUUCCUAGACAGACGCCGCCCUUUUCUACUUUUCAUCGUCAUGUACCAUUCGCGCGUAUACGCGUUAUCCCUGUUGCACACUGAGGCUCGUUUCAAUCGAAAAAAAACGAUAUACCCACCAUCAAAAUUUGUUCGAUCCAAAAAGCUGCGUACCCUAUACUGUUUCCACCUAUAUUAUAUGCCCAUGCAUUGUUUUUAAAAUUUGUAACUACGUCCGAGCCCGGCCAAAAAAGAUCCUUCGAUUUUGAGCUUGAAUUUUCUGCGUGAGCAUUAUUGUUGGUAUGAGUCCUUAGACGCACAAGUAUAUGAUAGGACUCACGGUAUGUAUACACCUAGAUGCGUGUAUAUUUCUGGUAAAUUUUUGUCGUUCAAGGGGCCAAAAAUACAUGCAUAAAUCUUUCUCGGCGCCCGUACAACCAAUUAUUUAUUUUCGCGGUAAUAUAUAUAGAAUUGCUUGAACCUGCGGUUGCUUUUUUGUUUAUAUUCAAGGGUAUAAAUAUAUGAUUCACUAUCUGUCCCCCGUAGGGGUAAACGGUACAGUUAUUGACACCUUAAGGUAGUGAUUGACCCCUGUAUAAUUUGUAUAUCUAUGUAUAAAGGCUCCAUUUAAAAAUACAUGUGGCGGUCAAUCACUAUCAGGAGGUCAACAACUGUACCCGUUACCCCUAUGACUGCUUCAUUCUUCCGACAACUAAACAUUUCGAAUAGGUAUAAUUAGUUGAUGUAAAGAGCAACUGAAAGGUGCGGCGAAAUGUUAAAAUUAACUCCUGAUUGCGUACAUAGAUUAUAAGUAAGAGAAACAAAAAUUAUUUUUCUGCUAUUACAUAACAAAUAUAUAUUUU